AUGUCGCUGGAGCAGCUUGAAGUCGCGCUGGGACAGAGCGAGGAGGAGCUGCACUUACUUCUGUCAGACAAGCUGGACCUGGCCAACUCACAUGUCUGUAUGAGGGAGGCUGCCCUGCUGCAGUACUACCUCCAAGGCAUGUGCUGGGCCCAGGACGCUCACCUCAGCCCCCUCCAGACCUCUUUCACUAUGGCAGUGUUGGAUACACUGCUGCACAAUGUCACAGAGAAGGGUAUGGAUUUUGUCGACAAUGUGUUGGAGUUUGCUAAAGCAUUGGCUGUAGCCUGUCAUUGCCCCCCUGGCGCUGAGGGUCCCUCUUCUUUCCUGAGCCCAGAGGAGGUGCAGAGCCUCAUCAGAUUCAUCAGAGACAGUUUGUUUCAGAAGUACCAGUUGUUCAAGGCUCUGAGCUCAGGGCAAGAGGAGCUGCUGCUGAGCAUUGAGGAGACAGUGGAUGUACUCUGCAUUCAGGAUGCUCUUACAGCACUGGAGGACGGUACCGCCACACACCUGGUUACCCCUGAGUCUGACAUUAACCAAUAG